AUGCAGGAAGAAGAAUUUUUCUGCCCUAGCUUUAGCAGCUAUUCCUCAAAUAGAGCGGCGGAGAUUGCCGCUAAAAUUUACGAUGAAAUUAAACGCGAUUCUAAGGUGGCGGAGCAGGCGGAGGUGGAAGCGAACGCUGGCGAGGAUGAUUUUGAAUUCUCUUUGGUAUGCGAAAAUCCAGAAGCUUCGGUUGGGGAAUUCUUCUACGACCGUCAAAUCCAGCAUGUUUUCCCCGUUUUCAAUCGCGAUCUGUUACUAAACGGCGUUUCUUAUGACGUAGAUCACAAAGGCGGCGUUAACGGCGAAACGUCGGAAAAUGCCAAUAGUUCAAUCCAGGUUUCGUUAAAGGAUUUGUUUUUAGAAGAUCGCGAACCGCCGUCGUCUUCGUCAUCGGAAGUCGAUGAGUUGGAAAGUGUACCUCCGGGAACCUACUGUGUAUGGAAGCCGAAGUUAAGCGAGCCUUCACCGAGCAGAUGUAAGAAGAGUAAUUCAACAGGAUCGGCGUUUAAGCGGUGGAGUAUUCGAGAUUUGAUGCGUCGGAGUAAUAGCGAUGGUAAGGAUAGUUUUGUAUUUUUAACGCAGGAAAAAGGAACGAAAAACGAAACUUCCAAAGCAAAGGACUCUGCUGAGGCAUCGAAAGUAGCCGGAAAAUUAAAAACAAAGGGAAGUAGUAACGUCGGAGAGAAGACAUCUUCGUCGGCGGCUGUUUAUUUACGGAACCAAGCGGCGGCAAAGGAAAUGGAUAAGAAUAAGAGGAAAUCAUACUUACCGUACCGGCAAGAUCUGGUAGGUAUUUUCGCAAAUGUUAACAGUUUAGGUAGAACUUUUCCACCUUUCUAG